AUGAUUGGCGAUAAUGAAUGUGACGACCAACAACAGCAUUGCAUGGAGCUUUGUUUUACCCAUUUUGACGAGCAUUUUCGGCGCUUCAUCCACACCUUCAGCAAACAAGGCACGGCGCAAUUUGUCUUCCUGAGCGCUUCGGACCGGCGAAGAGCGUUUUAUUCGAAGAUACCCUACAUUCGCUUUUCGAUGGAGCAAGUGGAUCUGGCGGCAUAUUUUUGGCAUAGAAAGUCUAGGCGCCAUGACAGCGAUGGCGUGGAUAUGACCUGGGCUCAAGAGGUCGUGAAGAGGUGGGAACGGGCUACGACCUGA